CACCUGUGGCCAGGCAAAAGUCAUUUGAGAUUCGGCUCUGACUUCGGCGAUGAAAGCACAGACUUGGUCCUUGUUUUCUUUAACAUCGCAGCAUUCUCUUGGAUUUUGGUGUAUUUCCUUCAUCAAAACGUCACUUUGAUUGCUCUCCAAACUGCAGAGAUUUACUCAUUUUUCUUUGAACAGUUUGAUACUUGUUCUAUCUUUCAAGAAACAAGUCGAGGAGUUGCUGAAGAACUUGAGGAUAGCGGACACCUCCCACCGUCGAACGGGCUACGUAAGCGUGAAAAAGAGGCGUGUACCGGCUGAGAAAAUGGCAGAGGGCCCAGGCCCAGCGGCGGCUGCUGCAGCGACUGGAAAUAGCACACGAGAGGAACGUGAAGAUCUUCUUCUCUAUAGAAGUGAGAUCGAUGGUUAUGGAUUCAAAAGACCAGAUGACUUUGAUUAUGAGACGUAUGAGGAAUUUAUGAAGCAGUAUUUAUCCGUUUUAGCCCGGAGAGCAAAGAAAUGGGAAAUUGUGAUUAAAGGAAGUCAGAAAGUUAAGAAAUCAAGAAAAAUGAAGCGGUACAUCCGUAAGGGUAUCCCAUCGGAACACAGAGGGACGGUGUGGAUGAUGGUGAGUGGUGCGCUUAAACUCAAGAAGAAAAACCCGGGUUUAUAUCAACAUCUUCUAGAUGCUCCUAAAGACCCAGAUAUUGUAGAAGUUAUCAAUAUAGAUCUUCAUCGAACAUUCCCAGAUAACAUUCACUUCAGCAACGAUGCCCAGUACAGCAAACGAACAGCCUUGUCUAACGUCCUUGUAGCGUUCGCCCAUCAUCGGCCCGAGGUCGGUUACUGCCAGGGUCUCAACUUCAUUGUCGCCCUCAUGCUGCUUGUCUUACAAGACGAAGAGAAUUGUUUCUUUUUACUGCUUCAGUUAACGACCAACAUAUUGCCAGAUUACUAUGUACCUCACAUGAGUGGCUUAAAGACAGACCAGGAAGUACUUGGUGAGCUGAUCAAGGAGAAAUGUCCUGACGUAGCCAGGCAUAUGGAGAAAGAACAGGUCCCUUGGUCAAUACCAACCACCAAAUGGUUCAUCUGUCUCUUCUUAGAUGUACUUCCUGUGGAGACGGUACUAAGAAUAUGGGACUGUCUAUUCUACGAAGGUUCCAAGAUCCUUUUCAGAGUCUGCCUUUCACUUAUCAAAAGAAACGAAGAGGAGAUCAUCAGAGCCACCAACAUUUCAGCGCUCGUCGAUGUCUUCAAGAAGGUCACAGCAGCAUCCGCAAAUAUCGACUGCCAUACAUUCUUAGAGGAAGUAUUCCAGAGCUCACAGCCACUGAAGAGAGGGACUAUAGAGAAGCUCCGCUACCUCUGCAGACAAAGAGUUGAACAAGGGCCAUAGGUCAAAGGUCAAAAUUAUAUCAAGGACAUCCUGCCAGUAUACAACUACCAAAGGUCAAAGUGAUUGUAAGGGAGAAGGAGAUGUUUGUUUUUCGUGAUUGAUGCUUAUCAGUGAUUGUGCUUGCCAAGAUGGCGAUGAUGACCCAACUGAUCAGGUGACCUACAUGUGAUCAGGUGACCUACAUGUGAUCAAGUGACCUACAGUUGCUCAAAAUCUGUGCCAUGUCAAUGGGAUGAUGAGGAACUUAGCUUGUGUCAAAGG